CUAAAACAAGUUUGCUGGUGCUGUGUGAAUGUCGUGAAAAGAUUGAUCCUUCUCGAGUCCCUACUGAGGUAUUACCUAGGGAUGGAGAUCCUCCAUGGAAGAUUGUGGUUGUCAGAGACAAAGAGUCAGGUCCUGAUGAUUUUUCAGCAAAGCUCAGAAAACUUCUACAAGAUGAAGGCAAAUCCAUGACUGAUGUUCAAGCUUUGUUUUCCCCUUUUCCCACUAGUUCUCCUGAAGCAGUGAUUCGUGCAGUUGGUGAGCUCCUGGAAAAGACAACUAAGCAUUCUAGUGAUUCCACUGCUUACAAGCGACUGCGUGUUUUCUCAGGGGUGGUGCCUACCCCGGCGGGAGAGGAAACUAUGGAGAAUUGGAUAGAGCAAGCUAAGUUGAUGAUAGCAGAAAGUGAUUGCGCUGAAAAAGAGAAGCGUAAGCGCAUUGUGGAAAGCUUAAAGGGUCCUGCCCUUGAGAUUAUCAAGGCAGUUAGAUUGUCUAAUGGUGAUGCUAGUGCAUCUGAGUACCUUGUUGCCCUUGAAAGUGUUUUUGGGACUUCAGAAUCCGGUGAAGAUUUGUAUUUUGCGUUCAGACUUCUUCGCCAGAACUCCGGUGAAGCACUGUCUGAGUUUCUCCGUCGAAUGGAGAAGUCAUUGACCAAAGUAGUUCAGAGAGGUGGACUACAACCUGCACAAGUUGACCGGGUGAGAAUUGAGCAACUUCUUCGUGGUGCUGUUGAGUCCGACUUGAUGUUGCUGAAGUUACGGCUGAGAGAGAGAAAAGAGUCCCCGCCUACUUUCUUGAAACUUCUGAACGAGAUUCGGGAGGAGGAGGAAAAUGAAGCCGCACGGUGUAAGCUUGAUGCAACAGUGAAACCGGUGAUCCCAAAAGCGCAGCCACCACCAAAACCCACUGAGAUUCAAGCAUUGAAAGCUGAGGUCAAGGAGCUGCGUGCCAAGCUGGAAGAGUCACGCAAGGCACCAGAAUCACCUGAAGCCCCAAAACAGAAAGAAAAGAUGACUUCUGAGAGUGCUGAAGCAGGAAUAGACCCUGAAGUACAGAGCUUGAAGACUCAAGUCCAGCAACUGCAAAAACAGCUGUCUGUAAUGAAAGUAGAGGGCAGUGCAACCCCGAAAAGAACGACAUUUCAGCGGCAAGCUGUGAGCUCUUAUGAGAGAAACAGGCCCUCAGUCAGCCGUGAUGAUUUCUUUUGUUACCGAUGUGGUGGCGAUGGGCACAUUGCCAGCCAGUGUCAAGAAUCAGAAAACCCCCCGGAAGUGAUCAGAAAGCUGCUCCGUGCACUAAAGAGAGCCAAGGGUGGGAAGAGUGAGUCGAUUCCACAUCCGACUGUGAGCAGAGAUGCACACUGCAAGAAGAGCCAUGUUCGUAAACCUGCUCAAAGUAACCUUCCUAGUGGUUUGGUAGGUCCCGCCUCCACUAUUUGUGUUAAGAUCAAUGGCCAUUCAUGUAAUGCCUUAUUGGACAGUGGAUCUCAAGUCACAAUAAUAUUUGACAAGUGGCAAAAGAAAUACUUGCCCAAUGUUCCCAUCCACCCCAUCACUGGUCUUUCAAUAUGGGGUUUGAGCUCCUCCAGCUACCCAUAUCAAGGCUACAUAGUAGUAGAUGUGGAGUUUCCAGCCACACUUACAGGAGUGAGUGAGUCUAUCUCUGUGUUAGCAUUAGUUUGUCCCGAGUCAAGUGGCCCAGACCAUGUUCCUGUCAUCAUUGGGACGAAUGCCAACUUAUUCCAUCGUUUAGCUGCUCUUUGCAAAGAUGCUGACAUUCCAGACUCACAGGCUCACGCUUUCAGGAUUUUGCCACAGACAAAACCAGUGAAACUCUCCCAAAGCCAAGAGGUGGAUGUGGAAGAGCCGAAGGGGGAAGUAAAAUGGAUGGGUCCGGGUCCUCUAUCUGUCCCUGCCAGAGGUGAACGAUAUGUCGUCUGCAAAGUUGGAUGCAAGGAGCCCUUAGAAAAAGACAUAGUCAUGGUUGAAACACCUCUUUCUGUGACCCUACCUGCUGGAGUGCUCAUUCAGCCGGUGGUGCUAACAUCAUCUGAGCUAAAUGUCAACAGUUUCGAAGUACUGCUGAGAAAUGAGACAUUGAGAGAAGUCACUAUGUUGCCUGGAACUGUUCUUGCUCAUGUGUAUCCUUCUGACACAGUUAUGAUGGCUCAGAGACCUAAAUCUACCUCCAAGGUCCUUGAUGAGACAUUGUUUGAUUUUGGUGAAUCUCCGAUUCCAGAGGUUUGGAGAAAAAGACUGCGUCAGAAACUGUCCCAAAGAGGUAAUGCAUUCUCUCUUGAUGAGUGGGAUGUGGGUCUCGCCAGGGGUGUGGAGCACCACAUAAGACUCAGUGACCCCAGACCAUUUAGAGAAAGAUCCAGACGCAUAGCCCCAGCGGAUAUAGAUGACAUACGCCGCCAUCUAAAAGAUCUGCUGGCAGCAGGCAUCAUCAAAGAAUCCAGAAGUCCUUAUGCGUCACCAAUAGUAAUUGUCCGAAAGAAGAACGGAAGUGUUCGCAUGUGCAUUGAUUAUCGCACCUUGAACAACAGAACAAUCCCUGACCAGUACACCACUCCGCGGAUUGACGAUGCCUUGGAUUGCCUGUCCGGCAGUCGUUGGUUUUCUGUGCUAGACCUUCGGAGUGGGUACUAUCAGAUACCUAUGGCUGAAGAAGACAGGGAAAAAACAGCUUUCAUAUGUCCCCUGGGGUUCUAUGAAUUUCAACAGAUGCCCCAAGGCAUAACUGGAGCCCCAGCAACCUUUCAACGGUUGAUGGAGAGAGCUGUGGGUGAUAUGCAUCUGCUCCAGGUGAUUGUCUAUUUAGAUGACAUCAUUGUAUUCGGACGAACCUUAGAGGAGCAUGAAGACAGACUACUGAAAGUGCUUGACAGACUUGAAGAGUGUGGUCUGAAGAUAUCACUUGACAAGUGCCAGUUUUGUCAGCCACAAGUAAGGUAUGUUGGGCAUAUAGUUUCUGCACUAGGAAUAGCCACCGAUCCUGAGAAAGUGAGUGCUGUCAAGAACUGGAAGUUGCCUACAGAUCUGAGAUCUUUAAGAUCGUUUCUCGGAUUCUGCGGAUACUACCGAAGGUUUGUUAAGAACUACUCGGCCAUAGUUCGACCACUCACUGAGCUCACAAAGGGCUAUCCUCCUAAAAACAGGCGCAAGGCUGCUCAAGAGAAGAAGCAUUAUUUCAAAGAGGGAGAGCCUUUUGGGGAGCGCUGGGACGAAGAGUGCACCAAGGCAUUUCAUAACAUCAUUCACUGCCUCACUCAUGCCCCAGUGCUAGCAUUUGCUGACCCAUCAAAACCAUAUGUACUCCAUGUAGAUGCAAGUCUGAAUGGUUUAGGCGCUGUUCUCAAUCAAGAAUAUCCUGAUGGUCUGAGGCCUGUUGCUUUUGCAAGCCGCAAACUCAGUGUCCCUGAGCAGCGAUAUCCUAUUCAUCAAUUGGAAUUUCUUGCAUUGAAAUGGGCAAUCGUGGACAAGUUUCAUGAUUAUCUUUAUGGGGCUAAGUUCACAGUGAGAACAGAUAAUAACCCGCUCACAUACGUCCUAACAACGGCAAAGCUCAAUGGUGGCAAAACCUGGGAUGACACAUGGGAGCCUGCGAGUGAAUUCCAACACAUUGUGCCAAAGUCCCCACAUCCCAACCAGCUUUCAGCAUGACAACAUGGUCACCAUAGACACCUGGACUCAUCAAGCACCCUUCAAUGCAGUUUAUUUUUGAGUGUUUUUUCCUGCUGUUUGUUCUUCAGUAAAGUUUUUGCACAGUACCCAGUCUCUU